CGACCGCGAUUAUACAGCCAUCUGUUUGUAUUGCAUCUCUCAAGAAUGCCUCCACCAGGUGUCCAGCCCAUAAAACCCAACGCGCCAUCGGCGGCGAGCAAGGAAGCUAACGAGUACAUACCCUCCUUCAUCUCAAAGAAGCCUUUCUACAUCGGCGAGGAUGACGACCACAACGACUACCUCGAACACCAGCGUCUCCAGAAAGCGGCCCAGUCAGACCAGUCGAAAUGGUACGAUCGAGGCAAGAAAGUUGGUCCAGCUGCGACGAAGUUUCGUAAAGGCGCAUGCGAAAACUGUGGUGCUAUGACCCAUAAGACGAAAGAAUGUUUAAGUCGACCCAGAGCAAAAGGAGCACGGUGGACUGGUAGGGAUAUAGAAGCUGAUGAGGUUGUCCAAGAUGUGAGCUUGGGUUGGGACGCAAAGAGAGAUAGGUGGAAUGGUUACGAUCCAAAGGAGUACAAAACCGUUAUUGACGAGUUCUCGCAACUGGAAGCCCUGAAGAAGGAAGCUCAAGCAAAGCAAAAGGACACAGACGAGGAAGAUGGCGAGGAUGGAGAGAAAUACGUUGAAGAAUCCGAUCUGGGUCAGAAGAAUGCCGCCAAAAACCUUCGAAUACGAGAAGAUACAGCAAAGUAUCUGCUGGAUCUGGAUCUGGACUCGGCGAAGUACGAUCCUAAGACUAGGUCUAUGGUAGAUAGCGGAGCCACGGUAGACACUAUUGCAGCUUUGGUCGCAGAAGAGGGUUUUAUGAGAGCUUCGGGAGAUGCUGGCGAAUUCGAAAAGGCUCAAAAGUAUGCUUGGGAGGCACAGGAGAAAGGGGGAGAUACGAAACUACAUCUUCAGGCCAAUCCCACCUCUGGAGAGAUCCUCUUAAAGAAGGAGAGGGAGAAGGAGCAGGCCAAGAAAGAAGCACAUAAGAAGAUGUUACGAGACAAAUACGGUGGAGAGACAAACCCGAAUGCUGCCAAACUCCGAGAUGUUGCUGUCACAGAGAACGAACGUUAUGUCGAAUAUGACGAGUCUGGACUCAUCAAGGGAGCUCCGAAAGUGGUGGCAAAGUCGAAGUAUCCUGAAGAUGUGCUCAUCAAUAACCAUACAUCAGUAUGGGGAAGUUGGUGGUCGAAUUUCCAGUGGGGUUAUGCUUGCUGUCACUCCAUGGUCAAGAACUCGUACUGCACAGGCGAGACUGGGAAAGAGGCAUUUGAGCAGGCCGAUCAGAUGCGUACUGGCGGCGCUCUUGUCGAGGAUGAAUCCACGAAGACUAUUGAAUGGCCUUCCGGGGAAAUGGAGGAAGUCAAAGACAAAAUAGCAAGCACAACGAUCGCCAAGAAACGAACUGCGGAAGAGAUGAAGGGUCUUGUCACUGAAGAUGAGAUGGAUGAAUUCAGAAGGAAGAGAGUCGCUUCCAAUGAUCCUAUGGCAGCGUUAUUGGGCAAGGAUGACCUGCUGUAGCUUCCCAUUUUACGGCAUCUAGAGGAGUCUGGGAUCGGUGCAUGGGCAAGGCGUUCUUGGUGAUGCAUGAAAUAUUGUAAUCCUUUGCAUUUACAUGUAGUCCCAGUGAAAAUGCUUUCGUGUUGAGCUCGAGUGUAUAAUUAAACUUCGACGAUUUACAAGUCAUAUCUCAAAAGGCAGC